AUGAAUAUGUUAGGAAGAUCACCUGAAAUAAGUGUCAAAGUAAAGAAAAAUUCAUUGGACAAUGAAGAUGCUCUUUAUCCUCGACAAGUAGCUCCGGAUACAUUCAAUUUUGCAUACCAAAGUGGUUUCAGAUUAGUUGAAAUUGCACGAGAUGCAAACGAUGAAGAAUGGAUACAGGCUGUAGCCGAAGUACAUCAUUCUCCUAAUGGUUUUUCAACAAAUUCUGACACUUUAACAUUAGCAGAAAGGUUAAAAAUUGCAAAUUACAAGAGCGUCCAAUUCAAAUAUGGAAUUGUAAGAAAGGAGAUAGAGGAUAAUCCACAUAUUUUGAAAACAUAUCUGCAGAAGACAGUACAACAUGAUGUAUCACAGGAAAGAAAGUUUGUUAUUGUUGAAGAGAAGUGUCAUUUUCGAGUAAUGAGAAUUACUGUUGCAGAUAAGAAUUUAGUAAAUGAUAUGAUUGAAAAAAGUAUUGGGAAUGCGGUGCUCACAGAGAUGCUGCUAUAUGAUAGUCGUUAUGAUACUGCGUGGAAAUCAAAAUAUAUAAAGAAAUUUAAAAAGCACAAAAUGAAAUUAAGAAAUCGUGCUGGUUGGAUUGAUAUCAAUGGUGAUUUUUUCACGGGGAACGAAAAAGUGAAUCUGGAGGAUGCGCGCUCUUUCAUUCUUCAUCAACGACUUACACGAAUUCCAAAACUCAGUGACUGGUUGGAAAAUGAUGAGUUAAACUAUAGAAAUGUUAAUUUGGAAGAAUUUUUUAAGAAGAAUUGGGAUGGAAUGGAAAUUAUAAAGCGUAUGAAUGAAUUCAACAGAAACGUGAAGAAUGAUUUGGAUCGAGUUCCACUUCAUGAUCGAUUUUAUAAUAAUAUUGUGAUGUGGGAAACAUUAAUUGGAAAUCGAAAACAAAUUUUUAUUCGAACUAUGAUUGGUGCGAUGGAACGACGAUUUGAAAUUUUGGAGAAUCAAGUGAAUCACAUCGUUUUUACCCAUCAUGCAUUCGAUGAACAUCUUCAUUUGUGUCGCAAUAAAAGAAUCAAAUGUCGUGACUCAACUCGUGUAGUAUUAACCUAUCCGAGUGUUGCAACUAAUGAUUUCAUUCAUGCAAAUUACAUUCAAGGCGGACCACUUUUUAAUAAAUUUAUCAUUACACAGGCACCAAUGGAAAAUACAAUUGGGGAUUUUUGGCGUAUGGUUUGGCAAGAGAGGUCACCUUAUAUCUUCAUGCUUAUAAGUCGGAAAGAAAAUGCGAGAUGUGCUCAAUACUGGCCCAGAAGAAUUGGAGAACAAAUAACUAAUUAUGGAUUGACAAUUGUCAAUUCAGGCAUGGACGAAUUUCGUUUACCGUUGUUUCGUGUCACAUAUUUACUUGUCAUCGGACCUGAAGGCGAUAAAUUGCAUGUUGAGCACUGGCAAGGUGAUAUGAAUAAUUCAGACAAUGUUGCAUUACCUUUGCAAUUAUUGCGAUUUGCGCGCAAUUGUUCCUAUCCGACAAUCAUACACUGUCAUCUGGGAAUAAGUCGAUCAGCUACAUUGGUUGCUGCUGAAAUUUGUAUCGCAUGCUUACUCAAAGGACCGACAUAUAAGCAUUGCGUGCAGAAGGCAGUGCAGUUAUUGCGCUCGCAACGACCAUUUUGCAUUGAAACACCAAUGCAAUACAUAUUUGUACAUCGAGUGGUGCAAAAAUUUUUACACGAUUAUGUAGGUGAUCCUCAAGGCUUUUACGCGGAAUAUAAGGAUUGGAUUGAUGCACGAGCUAUGAGACCAUUCAUUGAUGAUGUCCAGCAAACGAUUCCUGGAUAUCGAUUACUAUCGCCACGUUUUGAUCCUGACUUAAUUGGAUUAGUGCGACAUCGCGAACGUCCGGACUACCGUCGUGAGAUACAUGAUUGUGUUGGACAGAUGCCGAUACCAUUACAUGAUAUACCUGAGCAAUGCUUCGAAGAAUUACAAUUAACGAAACGUUAUCCUCGAGGCGAUCGAUAUGAUUAA